AAUUUGUUAGACGACCCUGCAGCGUCUUACAUCCCCACGCGUAGCCUUGUUCUUGAUGUAGGAUCUCCCCGUGCCCUAGCCCUCGCACGACAGCACAUCGACGAGUGUGUCCGCGGACACGCCGAGUGUUGCCAAAGCUCGGUGUCUACUGCUAGCCUUACCAGAGGUAGGCGCCUUCCCAAGCGUCUUGUGGACUGCACCAACCUCGCACGACCACGCGGGGAAUACCUGGCGCUCAGUUAUGUGUGGGGUAACUCGGAGCAGGCCCACCAAACGACCACAUCCAAUGUCUCCGCCUACGAACACGGAAUCAACCCGCGCAUGCUCCCCCAGACCCUCCGCGACGCAAUUCGCGUCACGCAUAUGCUCGGCUUCCGCUCGCUCUGGGUCGACAGCCUCUGUAUACUCCAAGACUCGCCUGAGGACAAGGCGCAGAAAAUCAACGGCAUGCAUCACAUCUACCGCAAUGCGCAGCUGACGAUCAUGGCGGCCGGUGCGCAGAGUGUCGACGAGGGGUUUCUCUGUAGGCGAGAUCCCCUCUAUAACGAUGAUCAAUACAUCGCGGAUGAGUCGGAACCUCCCAUACCAGAAGAUGUCGCUCUCCCCUUCAUCUGCCCUCCACGCCCUGCGACCUCUAUGGGUACUGCGCUAUGGCGAUCGCACGGUGCCGAACUCUGGCGCAUGUCCACGCGUGCUUGGUGCUUGCAAGAGUAUCUGAUGUCCGCGCGCGCCCUCAUCUUCUCCCCCAGGACACUCCUCUUCAAGUGCCUUGCCGGUACGCGCGGCGUCGGCGGCUCACUCUGUGCCAUGUUCAAGGAACCCCGGCUACCCAACACCCUCUUCCUCCCGAUCCCACCCGAAGUUGAGCCUGGCUCCAAGGAGUGGAAGGACACACACACUGCCUGGCUGGGGGUCGUCAAGGACUACAGCCGCCGCUCAGCCAGCGUCGAAUCGGACAAGCUGGUCGCGUGCGCUGCGAUUGCAGAGCAAUUCCACCGCGCCCUGCGCUCUGACUACCUCGCGGGCCUCUGGCGCUCGGACACCCUUCUCACGAACCUGCUAUGGGAGGAUGACAAGGUCGAGUCUUCGAUGCUCGGGCGACGCCACACUCGCCCGACAGUGUACCGUGCACCGUCCUGGUCAUGGGCGUCGCUCGACGGGGUCAUCCAGCAAAGUAAUCUAUAUACUAUGGACUUCGAAGACACUCAGACCGUCGCACUCGCGAAGGUCGUUGAGUGCGUCGUCACGCUCGAAGAUGCCGCACUUCCAUUCGGCCGCGUUACGGGCGGGACCCUCGUUCUUCGCGGAGCGUUG